GUCGAGUGAGGCGGGGAGGGAAGCUGGAGGCGAUGCGGGCGCUUCUUUGGCCCGUCGGGGGUGGGAGUUGGUGGGAGCUCGUGGGGAACGGGCCACAACCCCCCACAGCUCGUGUGAACCCAACGAAACUCAUGCACAUUCUCCUUCAUAGCUAUCUCAGCUCCUACCUACCAGAGGGUUAUCUCCAGUGGUGGGAUUCAGCAGGUUUGCACCACUUCGGCAGAACCGGUUGUUAAAAUGGUGCUUGUAAACAAUCAGUUGUUAAAUUAUUUGAAUUCCCACCACCGGAACCAGUUGUUAAAUUAUUUGAAUCCCACCACUGGUUAUCUCUACUUGAAGGCAGUAGCAUGGAUCAUGAUGCCCCGACCAUAAGGCCUCGUCGGAUCCAGAACCAGAACGUCAUUUACCGCCUGGAACGGCGAAGGAUCACAUCUGGCAAAACGGGAACGCACUGGCACCAGGUCCGGGUCUUCCACCAAAACAUCUUCCCCAACUUCACAGUGGUCAAUGUUGAAAAGCCGCCCUGCUUCUUACGCAAGUUCUCCCCUGACGGAAGGUACUUCAUAGCUUUCUCCUCGGACCAGACGUCCUUGGAAAUCUACGAGUAUCAAGGGUGUCAGGCUGCUGAGGACCUUCUCCAGGGCUACGAUGGGGAGAUUUUGGCCAACGGCAACGACCAGCGUUCCAUCAACAUCCGUGGGAGGCUCUUUGAGCGCUUCUUUGUCCUUCUGCACAUUACCAACGUGGCCUCCAACGGGGAGCACCUGAAUCGCGAGUGCAGCUUGUUCACAGAUGACUGUCGCUAUGUCAUUGUUGGCUCUGCGGCCUACCUGCCCGAGGAGCCCCACCCUCCCUUUUUCGAGGUUUACCGCAACAGCGAAUCUGUGACCCCUAAUCCCAGGUCCCCUUUAGAAGACUACUCUUUGCACAUCAUCGACCUCCACACGGGCAGGUUGUGUGACACCAGGACGUUCAAAUGUGACAAGGUCAUCCUGUCGCACAACCAGGGGCUCUACUUGUACAAGAACAUCCUGGCCAUCCUCUCCGUGCAGCAGCAAACCAUCCACGUUUUCCAGGUGACCCCUGAGGGCACCUUCAUCGACGUGCGGACGAUCGGCCGCUUCUGCUAUGAGGAUGACCUCCUCACACUCUCAGCGGUUUACCCAGAGGUCCAGCGGGAUUCUCAGACCGGCAUGGCGAACCCGUACAAAGAGCCGUUCAUCAACUCUUUGAAACACAGGCUGCUGGUCUACCUGUGGCGAAGGGCAGAGCAGGACGGGAGUACGAUGGCGAAACGGAGGUUCUUUCAGUAUUUUGACCAGCUGAGGCAGCUGCGAAUGUGGAAGAUGCAGCUGUUGGACGAGAACCACCUGUUCAUCAAGUAUACCAGCGAAGAUGUGGUGACGUUACGGGUGACGGACCCUUCACAGCCGUCUUUCUUUGUCGUGUACAACAUGGUGACCACCGAGGUGAUUGCCGUCUUUGAGAACACUUCGGAUGAACUGCUGGAGCUUUUCGAGAACUUCUGCGAUCUCUUCCGGAAUGCCACCCUGCACAGCGAGGCGGUCCAGUUUCCCUGCUCGGCCUCCAGCAACAACUUUGCCCGGCAGAUCCAACGCCGAUUUAAGGACACUAUCGUGAACGCCAAGUACGGAGGGCACACCGAGGCCGUGCGGCGACUCCUGGGCCAGCUCCCAAUCAGUGCUCAGUCAUACAGUGGUAGCCCGUACCUCGACCUCUCCCUCUUCAGUUAUGACGACAAAUGGGUUUCGGUCAUGGAGCGCCCCAAGACUUGCGGCGACCAUCCGAUCAGGUUCUAUGCCCGGGAUUCCGGCCUUCUGAAGUUUGAAAUCCAAGCGGGACUCCUUGGCCGCCCGAUCAAUCACACUGUCCGGCGCCUGGUGGCGUUCACCUUCCACCCAUUCGAGCCCUUCGCCAUCUCCGUGCAGCGGACUAACGCUGAAUACGUUGUCAAUUUCCACAUGAGGCACAGCUGCACAUAGCACGGUCUUCAUUGGUAAUGCCCGGGUAUGUUGGCUAGACGUGUUUUCUCACAGACACAGCAAAGCAAGACUGUGUUGCUCUAGAAAACCAAGCAUACCUUUGAGGAACUAGAAGUGACGUUGGUCUGACCUGUAGAGUUGGUGAAAUUCUCCUGCCCUAGGAGGAAGGCUGCCGGCUUGAUUCUUACAGGCCAGCAGAGUACCGGUGAGCCCUGUGUUUUCACAAUGCCUGACUUGCAUCUAUUCAGCCUGAAGUGCUCUGAUGCGGUUGGGCUAUCUUUUAAAGUUGUCCAACUCCAUUACAUUCUUUUGUGGGUAGCAGGAGGCAAGCAGAGUUCACAGGAAACCAGCUUCCCUUGAACCAAGGCGUUCUCUAACUGGGGGAAGAGUUACGCCCUAUCAGCGGCUUUUCACCAAAGAGGCAAAUUACCUUUCGGAAACCACAAGUCCUGACUUAACUGCGCCGCCAUGGAUGGUGGCAGACCGUGCAGAUGUCAAAGAGUCGUGAAUGUCUUUUGCCAACAGCAGAAGGCUGGAAGGUCUCGCCAGGCUGAACUGGUAACUGCUGGUCUUGUGGACCUUUCUGGUGGCCCAUGCGUGGGCAGGGCCCCGACUUCCCCAUAACCUCAUUUGUUGGCAAAGAGCAAAAUUCACCUUCUGUUCUCUGGCAGAUUCGUCCAGAUAGAAAGGUCGGCAAAUGCCAGACACUGAGGUCUGUCCAGAUUUCACAGCUAGAGGGAGGAGGUUUCUAGGCUGGGGCAGACACAGUUCAGGGGCAAUAUGAAGAAUGAAGAAAGAAUGAAGAGCAAUAUGUGUGAGGACCCUCUUCCCCCUCUUUUCUUGCCGCUCCCACAAAAGGGGGUAUGUUUACACACACACGCAUGCACACACCCUGGGCCUGCUGCAACCCAGGUGAAACGCCGCCCCUUUGCAAGCACGACAGAUCAUGUCAUUGUAUGUCACGGGAAUCCACCCCUCUGUCUUAUGCAAUUUUGCCUCAGGUUGCAGCACGUGUUCCACUGAGGCCGGAACCAUCUCUCUGUGCAACAAGCUGGCCCACAAGCUGUGGACAUGGCCUCUCUGUGCCUUAGUUUUCAAGAGAAACAAGACCCCCGAGAAACGAAAAGAGGCCUGUAAACAAAACAUUUUUAAAAAAUAUGUAUAUUGGGUGGGGUGGGGGGGUGAUCCCUUGAAGAUGAGAUGCCCCCAGCUGGGUCAAACAGGAAUAGUUUUCCAGGAGGUAACCAGUUGUGGGAUUCAGCAGGUUCGCACCACUUCAGCAGAACCAGUUGUUAAAAUGGUGCUUGUAAACAACCAGUUGUUAAAUUAUUUGAAUCCCACCAAUGGAGGUAACUAUCUCAGGGUGACCAUUUAGAGGGAAAGAAACCCUGGCAGAACAGUCGCUCUUUCCCCCCGCUUGCUCAGCUGAUAGGAAUAGACAGCAGGCUGUAUUGUAGUGAAGUCCCUCAUGUGAUGGGAAAAGGCAGGCUUAAUGCUUAAGAGCAUGAGAUUUUGGAAGGCACCUGCCCAGAUGGAAGUGGAGCAUCCCCUCCACCCAGACUGCCUUUUGCUCACCCAGUUUGUCAUAAGGAGUCCAAACUCAUCAGCUGAGCGCUGUAAAAGUACGGGGGGCUGGUGGGGAAUGUUUGUCGGAAACGGAUCGACGGGGCUAUCCUGCCGGUCAAAGUUUGGAAUUACGUGAAGCUGGGAUGUUCUGAACUGUUUUUAACACCCACUGAAAUGGAAUCUGCCGGACUUGUUUUCAUGCCCAUCAAUGUGCCGAGCUGGUUUUUAUGCCCAUUUUACAGACCUUUAUUAUUGCUUUUUGUAGACGGGACAGUUUUCGGGAUGUUCCAGACAUGGGGAACAAGAGGAAACCCGAAGACCGGCAGCCCAGUCUGUUUGUGAGGGAUCAGUUUGUGGGAUUAUAGCCAAGAGCGAAAUCUAUGAAUACUAGGAGACAGGAGAUCCAGCUUUGGUUUCCUCUUAUGGUUUUAGAGCAGGGGCAUCCAACUCUGGUGCUUCA